UAUCUUGCCGGGCUGCUGGGCGCAAGGGUUUCGUCAGAAGGUGGAAAUCUCAGUGAGAAGCUGCCAUCUCCCGGCUCUCACCCCUCCCUCCCUCCCUUCCUCCUUUCCUUCCUUCCUCACUCCGCUGCUCCCUCCCUCCUUCCCCAGUUCCUUCCUCUCUACUCUGAGAGUUCCCGAGCCCAGCAGCUCCUUGCAUGCUGUUCACCCUCUCCCCCAGCCCCCACCCCCAAGAAUGGAGUCGUGGUUUCCAGAGCGACCAAACUCCGCUCCCAGCAUCUUUAUCCUCCUCGGCUGUUGCUAAACUGGCCCCAGAGGACCAAAGAGGUGGGAGGGAAGCCCGACCCACCUAAGACCUCUUAACAACUACACCACCCAGGACCUCCACUCCAAAGGCGGAUUUUGCAUCCUGGGGGCGGGACAGACCUGUCCCGGGCUGAAUUCUCUUUCUAGUCUCCAAGGCUGGCACACCCAGGUGCACCAGCAAGCGUGGAGCUAGGUGCUGGGGACCCCGCAAGGCACAAAGAGCUGUUUGGGAAAUAGAGAAAGGACGAGAAUAAAAAUGGAAGACCCGGAAGCACAAGGAAUGAAGAAGAUGAGCAACAUUUACGAGUCGGCUGCCAACACGCUGGGGAUCUUUAACAGCCCCUGCUUGACCAAAGUCGAGCUGCGUGUGGCCUGCAAGGGCAUUUCCGACAGGGAUGCUCUGUCCAAGCCGGACCCUUGCGUCAUCCUCAAGAUGCAGUCCCACGGGCAGUGGUUCGAGGUGGACAGGACGGAGGUCAUCCGUACCUGCAUAAACCCAGUGUACUCGAAACUGUUUACCGUGGACUUUUACUUUGAAGAGGUCCAGCGUCUCCGGUUUGAGGUUCAUGACAUCAGCAGCAAUCACAACGGGCUGAAGGAGGCUGACUUCCUGGGUGGCAUGGAGUGCACCCUUGGCCAGAUUGUAUCCCAGAGAAAGCUUUCCAAGUCCUUGCUGAAGCACGGGAACACAGCGGGGAAAUCCUCCAUCACGGUGAUUGCUGAGGAAUUAUCGGGCAAUGAUGACUACGUGGAGCUGGCCUUCAAUGCACGGAAAUUGGACGAUAAGGAUUUCUUCAGUAAAUCUGACCCAUUUCUGGAAAUUUUCAGAAUGAAUGAUGACGCGACUCAGCAGCUUGUACACCGAACAGAGGUUGUGAUGAAUAACUUAAGCCCAGCCUGGAAGUCAUUCAAAGUGUCGGUAAAUUCUCUCUGCAGUGGAGAUCCAGACCGCAGGCUAAAGUGCAUAGUGUGGGACUGGGAUUCCAAUGGCAAGCACGACUUCAUCGGAGAAUUCACCUCCACCUUCAAGGAGAUGAGAGGAGCCAUGGAAGGAAAACAGGUACAGUGGGAAUGCAUCAACCCCAAGUACAAGGCCAAGAAGAAGAAUUACAAGAACUCAGGCAUGGUGAUUCUGAAUCAGUGUAAGAUCCACAAGAUGCAUUCCUUCUUGGACUACAUCAUGGGUGGCUGUCAAAUCCAGUUUACAGUAGCUAUAGAUUUUACGGCCUCUAACGGAGACCCCAGGAACAGCUGUUCCCUGCACUAUAUCCACCCUUACCAGCCCAAUGAGUACCUAAAGGCCUUGGUGGCUGUGGGAGAGAUUUGUCAAGACUAUGACAGUGACAAAAUGUUCCCGGCUUUUGGGUUCGGUGCCAGGAUACCCCCAGAGUACACGGUCUCUCAUGACUUUGCAAUCAACUUUAAUGAAGACAACCCAGAGUGCGCAGGAAUUCAAGGAGUCGUGGAAGCCUAUCAGAGCUGUCUUCCCAAGCUCCAGCUUUAUGGUCCCACCAACAUCGCUCCCAUCAUUCAGAAGGUUGCCAAGUCCGCUUCAGAGGAGACAAACACAAAGGAGGCAUCGCAAUACUUCAUCCUGCUGAUCCUGACAGACGGCGUCAUCACAGACAUGGCUGACACCCGGGAGGCCAUCGUUCAUGCCUCACACCUCCCCAUGUCCGUCAUCAUUGUGGGCGUGGGGAACGCCGACUUCAGUGACAUGCAGAUGCUGGAUGGUGACGACGGGAUUCUGAGGUCCCCGAAGGGAGAGCCUGUCCUUCGAGACAUCGUCCAGUUUGUGCCCUUCCGGAACUUCAAACACGCAUCGCCAGCUGCCCUUGCAAAGAGUGUGUUGGCUGAAGUCCCAAAUCAAGUCGUGGACUAUUACAAUGGUAAAGGGAUUAAGCCCAAGUGUUCGUCGGAAGUGUAUGAGUCUUCCAGGACACUGGCACCGUGAACUCCACACUUUUACAGAGUUCUGAAACACUGUUCAUUGUAUUCCUGUACUUUAAAAAAAAAUAACAA